AUGUUUACAUUGCAGGUGCUGAUACAGAGGAGUCUGAUGCUCGUGGACCCUGAGAAGGUGCCACCACAUAAGGAGCGCAAGUUCAUUGUCUUUGAGGGCUGCCUCUUGGAGCGCUUCCGGGUGUGCCGCAAGUGCUUUGCCCCUUGCCGCAACACCACUGCGGUCAGCGGCACUCUACUAACGAUAACAAGCAUCUGUACCAACGAGCACAAAGAAACAUGGAGGAGCCAGCCAAAGGUGGGUAACAAAGCAGCAGGCAAUCCAUUGAUUUGUGCGGCCAUUCUCUUUUCAGGCGCCGACGUUGCCACUACCUUGAGGUUGCUGAGGUCCAUCAACAUCUCAACCAUCUCGGACCGCCUCUACUACUACUACCAGGAGGGUUACCUGCUGUCUGCCGUGAAACAGGUGUACCAGCGACGCAACACCGAGCUCCUGGAAGGACUACAAGGCAAGGCCAUCGACCUGGCUGGUGACGGGCGCUGUGACUCGCCAGGGUUCUCAGCGAAGUACUGUACUUACACCUUCCACGAGGCGACCACCAAAAAAAUCAUCCACAUGGAGCAGGUACAGGUUGGUGAGUCUGAUGAAGUGGCCUCAAGCAACGCCAUGGAGAAGGUGGCCUUCGUCCGUGGUUUCAACAAGCUCAAAGAUCAAGGCUUUACGAUUAGCUCUUUCACGUCAGACCGUCACCCGGGUGUGCAGCACCACAUGAGGACCCUGGAGAGUGGCACAGCACACUACUUUGACACGUGGCACCUUUCAAAAAGUGUCAAGAAGAAGCUCCAGGCAGCCAGUCGGAGUGGCCUCUGCAAGGAAUUGGAGGUGUGGGUCCAGCCUGUCACCAAUCACCUUUAUUUCUGUGCCAUGAUGGGGGACUGCAACGGCCCACUUCUGGUGAGUAUGUGGCUGAGCCUUCUUAAUCAUGUGGUGAACAAGCACAGCGGCCAUGGUGGACCUUACGACGAGUGCCUGCACCAGCCACUCACUGAUCGCUCUUGGCUAGUUGUGGGCUCACCAGCUUACAACAAGCUCCGGAGCAUCAUUUCUAACCCCCGGCUCAUCAAGGACAUCCAGCACCUGUCGUCUGGGUCCCAAACGUACUCCGUGGAAUCCUUCAACAGCGUGCUCAUCAAAUUUGCCUCCAAGUCUCGGGCAUUCAGUCCAGAAGGAAUGAUGGCAAGGACCCUGGUGGCAGUGCUCCACUUUAAUGAAAAUGUUGGGCGCGAGCAAGCUGUAACCAAGGAAGGGGAACCAUGCUUCAGGCUGGUGUCAUCCAAAGCGCACAAGGGCAGACACACAGUGACAGAAAAUAAAAGCAACGCAACUUUCCGGUACCGCGAUGACCUCCUGGACGAGUUCGUGACCUGCUUGGACAAAUGGCCGACCUUCGAGGAGUCCCGCAAGGCGAAUGUGUCGCAUCGUCCUCCACCGAUGUGUGCCAAGCAUCCAAGGCCACCAAAGAGUGACCUGAUUGCGGCCAGACAGUCACGCUUCGCCUCUCGUGCUCGAUCUUCUCACGAAGAGACAUGAAGCACCUGCGUCCCUCUGCCAUUGCCUUGUUCAUAACUAAAAGGUAGGUAACACGAAAUAAG